AUGACCUCCCUCCCUGAAUCUGCUACCAAUCAAAGGCCUGUACAGACCAUUGAUGCAACCAAUUUCCCGGCUCACUCGCAGGACCCCGGCGCUGCCGCCGAAUCACUCAACUCGCUAGUGUCUCAUUCGGCUCAACAUCACGACGUCCGCCAUGGCAUUCAUGCACCCCUGCAUCGCAUCGCAGAGAUUCCCCUCGUGCACAGAAUGAUUCCUGGUCUUGAGAAGCUUGCUUCGGAAUACCAUUUUGGCAAUUUUGUUGUCGAUCGUGCUACUGGGCAGCGGUUCUUCGAGAGCAUGCCGAUUUACACUAGGCUCGGUAUGCAUCUACUUUUUUAUGGUGGCGAGCAACGCAAGGUUCUGCACAAUAAGACUGUCGAGGCGACCCUUCAGGAGCUGUCUAUCCGCCAAGGAAAAAUAUACGACAGCCAUGAUUCCGUUCAGUCCAUUCCGUCCUUCAUCGAGACAUACUCUAUUCGCACAGAUGAGUUGCUUGAGCCGAAUCUGAGUAAAUAUGGCUGCUUCAACGAAUUCUUCUUCAGGAAACUGAAGCCGGACGCUCGCCCCGUCCAGAAUGCAGACGACUCUGCAGGCAUCUGCAGCGCUGCAGACUGCCGGCUAGUGGUAUACCCUGUCACAGACCUGGCAACGAAAUUCUGGAUCAAGGGUAAUGCGUUCACCAUUCCCUCGCUGCUUGGCGUGCCUCCCGACUCUGAGCAGGCGCGUGCAUUCGACGGUGCCAGCGUUGCAUCAUUCCGGCUUGCACCUGCGGACUACCACCGAUUCCAUAGUCCGAUCGACGGUUUGGUAGGUAAGAUCACAGAUAUCAAGGGAGAGUACUAUACAGUGAAUCCUCAAGCCGUGAACGAGAAAGGAUUUGACGUCUUCACUGCCAACAGGCGUGCGGUACUCUACAUGACACAUUCGGCGUCUGGCCAGCCGAUCGCGUUUGUCGCUAUUGGGGCGAUGCUGGUGGGCUCAAUCGCGUGGACUGCUGGUGCAAAUCUAGGCGCCGAAGUGCGACGUGGAGAUGAGUUGGGCUACUUCGCGUACGGAGGGAGCACGGUUGUUGCGCUUUUUCCGAAAGGUCUCGUGACGUUCGACGAAGAUCUUGUUAACAACUCGCAGGUGCCAAUUGAGACUCUUGUUAAGGUUGGGUCCUCUCUGGGACGUGCGUCCUUCUAG